UGCAGUGUGUGUAUAAUAGCAGCAAAGGCAGCUCCGGGAGUCUAAGGAGGAGCUGCUGCAAGGUCGACAACAGCAUCCUGCUAUUAACAACAGGAGGGGGACGGAAUUUAGUCCAGAAGCCGAGCGAGUUAAAGUAGUAUCGAGUUUUUUUUUUGGAUUUUCAGCCGCGGAAGAAGGAGGAGGAGAGUGGCCAAAAGUUUCCCGGCUGUACCCUCAUGUUCAGAGGCAGCUAACGAGCUACUAGCGCUCGCUGCUUUGCGCGUGCUCCUCCGCUCGAGAGAGGAACCGUUGACUGUUUGUCAGUUGGGUGACCGUUCAAAUAUUCCUCCACUAAGUUUGUGGGCCAGAGCGUGUUUUUAAAACCCCACACUGUGUUCCCGUUGUGUGUGCCAUGUCAGCUCCAUCCCCAACACCCCCUGCCUCAGCAGAAUGUGAUUUUUUAGCGCCGGACGCGGGGGGGCCGAGGCCGCUCGGUCCGACGCCCAGUCAGAGCCGUUUCCAGGUGGACAUUGUGACCGAGGCAGCUGGAGCUUCGGGGGAUAAGUCUCCGAGCUCCGACGCCUCAACCGCUGUCCCACCCGGCGAUAAGGCCACAGACGGUUCCGGUGCUGACCCGGGUGGAGAGGAAGCAAAAGGCCGGUUUCGGGUGGUGAAUUUCGCGGAUCCGAGUGCGGCGGGAAGCCCGGCCUCUCCGGAACCGGCUGACGGGCUCCAAAACGGGGACACGGUGAUGAGCGAGACCAGUUUGCAUUCAUCCACAGGGGGCCAGCAUCACUAUCACUAUGACACCCACACCAACACCUACUACCUGAGGACUUUUGGGCACAAUACCAUCGAUGCCGUGCCCAACAUCGAUUUUUACCGGCAGACAGCAGCGCCUCUUGGGGAGAAGCUGAUCAGACCCACCCUGUCAGAGCUUCACGAUGAACUGGACAAGGAGCCGUUUGAGGAUGGCUUUGCUAACGGAGAUGAGCUCAGCCCGGCCGAAGAGGCUGCGGCUAAAGAAGCAGCCGAGUCCAAAGGAGUGGUUAAGUUCGGCUGGGUCAAGGGAGUGCUGGUGCGCUGCAUGUUGAACAUUUGGGGUGUGAUGCUCUUCAUCCGCAUGUCAUGGAUCGUGGGUCAGGCUGGAAUCGGUCUCUCCUGUUUGAUCGUGGGCAUGGCUACCGUGGUGACAACCAUCACCGGACUCUCGACCUCCGCCAUCGCCACCAACGGAUUCGUAAGAGGAGGUGGAGCGUAUUACUUGAUAUCGAGGAGUCUGGGUCCGGAGUUUGGAGGAUCCAUCGGUCUGAUCUUUGCCUUUGCCAACGCAGUGGCUGUAGCCAUGUACGUGGUGGGCUUCGCUGAAACCGUUGUGGAGCUUCUUGCCGGUGCAGAUGCCAUCAUGACAGAUGAAAUCAACGAUGUCCGCAUCAUCGGCACCAUCACGGUGAUCCUUCUGCUGGGCAUCUCUGUGGCAGGCAUGGAAUGGGAGGCCAAGGCCCAGAUAUUCUUGCUCAUUGUCCUCAUCGCAGCCAUCAUCAACUACUUCAUCGGAACCUUCAUCCCCAUCAAGUCCAAGGAAGCUUUGGGCUACUUUGGCUACGACAGUGCAAUCAUGUGGGAGAACAUGGGUCCGGAUUUCCGAGGCGAGACGUUCUUCUCCAUGUUUUCCAUCUUCUUCCCUGCAGCCACUGGUAUUCUGGCCGGGGCCAACAUUUCAGGAGACCUCGCUGACCCACAGCUGGCCAUCCCCAGAGGAACCCUUCUGGCCAUCGUGAUCACAGGAAUAGUGUACCUGGGAGUUGCUGUUUCAACAGGCUCCUGUAUUGUGAGAGACGCCAGUGGGAAUGUUAAUGACACACUCAGUUCUCAGUUCAUGGCCAACUGCACAGACGCUGCCUGCAAAUUCGGCUUUGAUUUCUCUUCGUGUAAGAACGAUGCUGCCGGCUGCAAAUUUGGACUCCAAAAUGACUUUCAGGUGAUGAGCAUGGUUUCUGGUUUCGGGCCCAUCAUCUCUGCUGGAAUCUUCUCGGCCACUCUGUCCUCCGCUCUGGCCUCGUUAGUCAGCGCUCCCAAAGUUUUCCAGGCUUUGUGUAAGGACAACAUUUACCCCGGCCUGGGCAUGUUCGCCAAAGGCUACGGCAAGAACAACGAGCCCCUGAAAGGAUACAUCCUGACCUUCAUCAUCGCUCUGGCCUUCAUUCUCAUCGCGAAGUUGAACAUUAUUGCCCCCAUCAUCUCAAACUUUUUCUUGGCUUCCUACGCCUUGAUCAACUUCUCCGUGUUCCACGCUUCACUGGCUAACUCCCCAGGAUGGCGUCCCAGCUUCAAAUACUACAACAUGUGGGUGUCUCUGGCCGGAGCGGUCCUGUGCUGCGUGGUGAUGUUCGUCAUCAACUGGUGGGCGGCUCUGCUCACCAACGUCAUCGUGCUGGGGCUGUUCAUCUACGUCAGCUACAAGAAGCCAGAUGUGAACUGGGGCUCCUCCACCCAGGCGCUGACCUACCACCAGGCCCUCACACACACUCUGCACCUCAGCGGAGUGGAGGACCACGUCAAGAACUUCAGACCCCAGUGUUUGGUGAUGACGGGAUACCCCAACUCUCGCCCUGCUCUCCUGGAUCUGGUCUACAGCUUCACCAAGAACGUGGGCCUGAUGAUCUGCGGUCACAUCCGCACGGGCUACAGGAGGCCAAACUUCAAAGACCUGGCUAACGAUCAGGCGCGGUACCAGCGCUGGCUCCUGAAGAACGAGACCAAGGCCUUCUACACACCGGUGUUUGCAGAGGACAUGAGGCAGGGCGCUCAAUAUCUGCUGCAGGCUGCUGGUCUGGGCCGCCUGAAGCCCAACAUGCUGGUGAUGGGCUUCAAGAACGACUGGAGGGACGGAGACAUGAUGAACGUGGAGACCUACAUCAGCAUGAUCCAUGAUGCCUUUGACUUCCAGUUUGGUGCUGUCAUUCUGCGCCUGAAGGAGGGGCUCGAUGUGUCUCAUAUCCAAGGACAAGAUGAGCUGCUGUCCUCCCAGGAGAAGUCGGGGAUGAAGGAUGUGAUCGUGUCCAUCGACACCAGCAAAGACUCUGACGCUGACUCAUCCAAACCCUCCUCCAAAGCCACCAGCCUGCAGAACAGCCCCGCCCCGCAGAAAGAUGAAGAGGACGAUGGCAAAGCUCCAACUCGGCCCCUGUUGAAAAAAGACAAGAGGAGCCCCACCAUGCCGCUGAACGUGUCCGACCAGAGGCUCCUGGCGGCCAGUCAGCAGUUCCAGCAGAAGCAGGGGAAAGGCACCGUGGACGUGUGGUGGCUGUUUGACGAUGGAGGUCUGACCCUGCUCAUCCCCUACCUGCUGACCAACAAGAAGAGGUGGAAGGACUGCAAGAUCCGCGUCUUCAUCGGAGGAAAGAUCAACAGGAUCGACCACGACCGCCGAGCGAUGGCCACUCUGCUGAGCAAGUUCAGGAUAGACUUCUCCGAUAUCACCGUGCUGGGAGACAUCAACACCAAGCCCAAGAAGGAGCAUGUCACGGCGUUUGAGGAGUUAGUCGAGCCGUAUCGGCUGAAGGAGGACGACAUGGAGCAGGAGGCGGCGGAGAGGCUGAAGGACAGCGAGCCCUGGAGGAUCACAGACAACGAGCUGGAGCUUUACCGCGCCAAGACCAACCGUCAGGUCAGACUCAACGAGCUGCUGCAGGAGCACUCGAGCACAGCCAACCUCAUCGUCAUGAGCAUGCCAUUGGCCAGGAAAGGCGCCGUUUCCUCCGCUCUGUACAUGGCCUGGCUGGAGGUUCUGUCCAAAGAUCUGCCUCCCAUCCUGCUGGUGCGCGGAAACCACCAGAGCGUCCUCACCUUCUACUCUUAAACACACACACACACACACACACACACACACACACACACACACACACACACACACACACACACACACGGAAAACGAAAAUCCAAGAAAAUUAAGUCUCACAUCCAACUUCUGCCUCUGGGAUCAGACCCACACACACAUCCCAGAUCCAGAGCCAACGACCUCACGGCGACGCACAGCCACUCCAGAAACACUGCGGACACACAGCUGGUAAUAUGAUGAUGAUGAUGAUGAUGGAGGAAUGUCAGUGAUUUUGGGUUAGGGAUGGUAGUUGUAAACUUGCCCCACUCUGUUCCUCUCUCUCUCUCUAUUUUAUUUAUUCCAAGAUGUCUCAAGUUUUUUCUUUUUUCAUUUCCUCAUGUCAAAGUUGGUUUCUCUCUCAGGCGCUGUUCUGUUCUCAUGACGAUGUCAUAAUUGUUGUUAAUAAUUGGAACCAGCUGUUUAUUAGCUUGUGACGCAGCAAUAAUCCCCCUGUUGUUGUUAUCUUUAAAUAUCCGGGAAGAACCAAGCUUUGCAACACCUUCUAAAGCCUUAUGGAUGUGCCUUCCAGUUGAAUCAGACGGAACAAUUAUUCAGAUUGACAAUAUUACUUAUUAUAUUAGUGCAUAAAUAGAUUGUUUUAUUUAGUUUUAAAUGUGUUUCCUUCUUAGUAGGAGCAUUGUGGUUAUGCGAGUGGAUUGGGUUUAAUGAAGGGUGUCCACUUGAUUUCAGACUUUUAACCUUAAUCAAUACUUUAUUUCGGGGCCAUGGUGUUUUUAUUUAGUUUUCACUUCCAAGUCUUCCUUCUUUUCUUUGAAAGCUGUUGGAUACUCACAGCAGCUUCUCGACACAGUUGAAAUGUAAGGUCAGAAAAGAUGUGAGCCAUGUUCUCCAUCGCCAUGUAGCUGCCGAGCGACUCUGUGUCCGCGUGGACGGUUCUUCCCCCUGGAAACGAUUUACCCAGCAAGCUAAUCUUUGCCUUAACGCCAACGAUUGUCAUGAUUCCUGUUUAUAAGCCAUACUGGCUGGACGGUUUGUGGGAGAAUGCAGACGGAGAUCCAUUGGUUACGUGUUAUGAGAGUGUUUCAGCACAAUUCUGUUCUUACCUGUAUAUGCAUUUUAUUUAGUCCCCUUGCAUUAGUCUGUUACUUACUGUAGGUCCACUUAGUGCCACAGUAGCACUCACGCCUGUAUGUGUGUGUCUGUGUGUGUGAGGACAUUCCUACCUAGCCUAGCUGGGCAGAGAGGAUGUGACGUGUGAAUGUUUCGAGGCGGAGUGAACAUAUACCUCUAUGCAUAUGAGCUUGUGUUGCAGACUUGUAAUAAAUGUCCAUGUGAACGCAUCUGCUCGCCUCCGUUUAUAUAUUACGGUCACUGUUUAAGGGCACCAUGUCUCCAAACAAAAAGCCACAGCACAACUCUGUUCUGUCACACUCACAGAAUAUUGACUUGGCCAGAGGGCGGGGGUUCUUCUCCCAUAACCACGCCGCUCUGUACGCCCACGUUUUAAACUGGUUCUUGCUCUUACUGAACAAACUCUUACUCGUGAGUGGUGACGUUUUUUUAAGAAGCUGAAUGUGAAGUUGUGGAAACUCUUAAGUGGUUGCAUGUUGAUCCCCGCGCCGACCAAAUGAAAGCAAAGACACAUCAAGAGUGAAUUCAAAUGUCUCAACAUGAGGUAAACAAAUAAUCCCAGAGAUCAAAUUCAUGGAAAAGGGAGUUAUUGGUACGUUUUGAAAUGGAUUGCUAACUAUAACUAUAACUAUAAUGAUUGGCUGUGCAGGAGAUGAAACAUGGACUAUUGAAACAAACACUUAAUUUGCAUGUGUGUUUGAACACUUUAGUGGUACCAACAAGUACAUUAUCCUGAGUCUUUUAAAAAGGCGGAUAACCCGAGGGGCCACAGUAUAAGCAGAAUCAUGUGUUGCUAACUGCAGUUCAUCACAAAAUGUGUUUUACCCAGAGUUCCCCAGCUGUUAGCCGGGAAGUGAGAAUAGAUUCAAACACAGAAGAAAAGCUUUAUCCUGAGCAACUGCCACACAACAAAUGAAAGGAAACAGGGUUCUCUCUUUAUUUAAAAAGUACAUUUUCUCUGCGUGUCUCGCGGAAACGGGCCGUUUUAACCGUUAGCUCGUUAAUGUCAUGUACCUUCUGAAUGCAACUUGAAACAUGCUUAGGUUAGUUGACUUUACUGUAUAACAUGAACACUACCGCUAGCUCUAGUCUCCUCUUGUUUUCAUCAUGUAGAUGAAGUGUGUGUGUGUCAGCUUCAGUGUGCCGUUAGCAUUCAGCUGCACCGCCACUCUGCUCCCAGCCAGGACUCUGAUAUGAUAUGCAUGUGAUGUGAUUCAUGCAUCAGUACAGACACACUAACUAUAUACACCCAUGCUCAUUAAAAGCAUGCUGGGAGAUAAACUGUACACCUUUGCAGUUCUCUGCUCACUCAUAGCGUGCUACAGCCCCUCCUAAAGCCAACAUGUCUUCCUAGCACACUGUUAGCAUUAGCAUAGGUCUUCGUGUUGGAGCCAUAAUGCAUAAUUAACAUGAAGAGAAUUAGACAGAAUUAACCUUUGACCCUUUUUAGUUGCAGGUGUAUGUGCCGUUUGUGUUGAGGCUGUGAAAAGGACAUGAAAGGUAUACUUGACCUAAACUAGGGACUACAAGUCAAGAUAUUUCUACCUCUGCUGCUUUGAUUUAGUCUACUUUAUGAAACACAACCAACUUUACACUCACUUCCUGUUAAACCGUUUCACUGUCAAUGUGCUUCAACAAUUAGCAAUGAGUGUACAGCACUUCCUGUACUUAUUAGGCACUUUCACACCGCAGUACUUUUCCCACUUUAGUUCCGAUAUAGUCAGCAAACUAACACUGUGAGCUAGUAACAUAUUCUGGCACUAGGGGGCGCUGUUGUGCACUAUAACAAAAAUCUAGUAUAAGAUCCAUUCAUUCCAGUCCUGCUGCGAAGCCUCCCUCCUUACUGUUACAGGACAACGAUGUUACAAACAAGAACACGGGUUACUCUAUAUUUGUAUAUUAAAUAAUAUAUAUGCCUAUAUACACACACAUAUAUAAAUGUAUUAGUCUGACCUGGAGGGGGUCUUAAAAUAAGACUUCCUCGACAUUUUACAGCUGAAUUAUAGUGUUCUUCAUUCCUGUUUGACGUCAUGAUUUCCUAACAUUGAAUGGAUUUGCCAAAGUCCCCUCUUCCUCCUCUGUUCCCCCCACCCCCUGUCCACGCUGCAGAAUAACUAACCUGUAAAUACACUUCUUAGUCUAUUGGCGUACAUUAAGGGAGUGAAGUAAUUAUGUCGAAUUUAAAUGUGGAGAAAGAUAUUUAUUUUAGUUCAGGCUUUUCUCCACAGAUGUAGUUUUUUUUCUUUUGGGUUUUGGUUGUAAGUUAAUUUGCAUGUUGAUUUUUUUUUCUCUCUCUUAUUGUUUUGUUGCCUUUUUUGAUUUCAGCAAAUUGUGUCUUGUUUUCUCUCUUUUUGAGUCUGUGUAUUUCUAUCUUUUGGGAUGCUUUUUAAAGAAAAGACAUCCGCUCAAAAGCAGAUCGAAGCUGUUCUCCAGGAAGGAACCGACCUGACGCAGUAAUGUUUUAUACACUGUACUGUUGACGGCCACAGAUAUGCUUUUUCUAACAUUUUAACAUUUAUGAUUAACAAUACUUUGUACAUCUUUAUUGCAAUAAAUCAAUCAAAUGAAAUCAGAA